GAUAUGUAGUACAUUUGACGUAAAUGUAUUUAUACCUACACAUUGAACAUAAGUACAUUGCUCAAUGGUCAACCAUACUUAUAUUAUUUUUUUCUCAUAUCGCAUAAGCAGUUGUAAUCUUGUAAUUGAGAAUACACGAGCAUGUGUGUGUUUUUGACAUUGUAUAUCGUAAAUUUAUAAUAUAUGACAUGCAAGCCUGCUGGUAUACAGUGCUAAAGAAGAACGAUGCUCAGAUGGCGCAAAGUUGGACUGAGUGUCAAAUGUAUCGACAUAGAUUUUGAGUGUGUGUGAGAACUAAGUACAGUUUGAGUGGUAAUGGCGCGCGCACUGUCAAGUGUUACUACCAGAGUGUUAUAAUGUUAUAUGUUUAUAUCGAAUACAUGCAUAUAUGUACGUAUGUAUGUACACACUAUUCGUGUUGAAAAUGGCUGGACGGUUCGCUUAGCACUUCGUUGGUUCGCUCGAGUUUUUUUUCGCAUAAACGCAGAAAUAUGCGUGGAGGAGCCACGAGUGGUUUAGUGUGUCGUCACGCGAAUACGAUCGAUACGCCAUUCUGGCGCGGCAUGCUAUAUAAAUUGGCAUUGUGAAUAAAAUGUUUAUACAUGAAGGUGUGAUAUCUGUCAAGUGGGUUUGGAAAUUUGUUCAUGUACAUUUGUGAUCUAAAAAAUAAAGUGAAAACACGGAGCAACAAUUGUUGGUAAAAGGAAAGGUUGUACAAGUUCGCACACAGGAAGUCAAGUUCAAUCGAAUUAGACGCCGUGUAUAUGUCGUAUCUGCAGAAUUACAAUGAUGUACUGCUUCUAUGAGACAAGAAACUUAUAUAAACAAGCAUAAACAGUGGAUUAACGUGCAACAUUUAGCUGUUACAAUCAUCAUUUAAAGUAGAUAGGCCACCGACCCAUACCUGUAGCCAAGCCUUCUUUUGGUACAUAUCUGUCGCCAUAGUAAUAAGUACUGAGGGAGGGAUCUCAUAACCGUAUCUAAGACUUUUGCUUGUUCAAGACAAAACUUUUGUGCUUAUCAUUGUUUCAAAAUUAUCAUAUGUGAUGACAUUAUCGUACUCCAAAUGAUUAAUUUUUUAAUCUCAUCUCAAUUUGAUGAAUGUCUAUUUAUUUAUACGAAUAUAUGCAUCCAUAUAUACAUUCAUGCAUAACUAUAUAGAUAUAUAUAUAGCGCACGAUUCAGUUCUGUUCCAGAAUUAAUACCUUGAAUGUUUGUGAAUUAUUAUUUGGUAAUAUAGAAACAUAAUGUCUAAGAAGAUGGAUUUAUAUGAUCUUAAGAUGAAUGCAACAAAGGGGAUGAAAGAAAAUUGAAAACGAUUAAAGUAUAAUAGGAAUGUGGGCGCUUAUACGCCGAUAAAACACUAACAGGAUAGCGCUUAACCAAUAAGAUGGACCGAGUUUAUCUCGGGUUUAUUGCUACUCAGGCUGCUGAUGCAAAUACUUGGACUUAUGUACCUAAAACCAGUAUGAAUGUCAAGGAAAUAUUUAUAUGAAGGUUUUAAUUCUGUAAAUCAAACAGUGUACCGUGCAAUAAAAUUCAUGAAACGGUGCUACCAAAAAGUUUAGUUUUUAACUUUAAAGCGUUUUAAAAAUAUUUAUCGUUUGAUUUUGAAUAUCUAUUUAUUUUACAGAAAAAAUCAGUAACCAUUUUUUUUUAUAUCAUUUGUGAAACAAUAUUGAUGUAAAAAUGGAGACAUUAUUGCCUAAUAAUGCAAAUAGUCAAUCUUAUACACCACAACUUAAAACAGUGUUGAAGACAUAUCAGUUGUCAGCUAUAAAGAGUCUGCAAGGACCAAGUUCAGCUCUGCUAGGAAUGGACUGUAAAGGUUUAUUACAAGAUCAGCCACCUUUUCAUUUCUCAUCUUUAAGUUAUUCUGGAAACUGCAUUGAUUCUUGUACUGAUUCCAAGAAAGAAUGUAAAAGUAAAACUAAUACAACAGUGCCUGUUAUGCCUCAUCGGCUAGAUGCUACUGUAAGAAGUCAUGAUGAUUCUGACGACGAUCAUCAACCAGAACAUCUCAAAGCAGCAAGUAUUAAAAGAGAAUUGGAGUUUCAAAUACCAAUAUUAACGGCGCCUGAUCAAAGUUGUUCAGAAAGAUGUGAAACUUUUUUGGAGAAUGAAAAAAUUUCUUGUUUUGUGGUUGGUGGUGAAAGACGACUGUGCCUUCCACAAAUAUUAAACACCGUACUUCAAGAUUUUUCAUUGCAACAAAUAAAUCAAGUUUGUGAUGAGCUGCAGAUUUACUGUUCCAGAUGCACCCAUGACCAAUUAGAGGAGUUAAAACUCUCUGGGAUUUUGCCAAGAAAUGCUCCAUCCUGUGGUCUCAUUACACAAACGGACGCUGAACGACUUGUAAGUGCUCUCCUGCUGCGGAAUGAACCUCGCGAACUGCCUUUAAUUCAAGAUAGAGAUCAAGAUCGUUGCACAGAAAAGGAAUAUAGUAAAAAGAAAGAUAUAGACGAGUCAAUUGUAAGAUUUAAAGUUUACCAUGAGUGUUUUGGUAAAUGCAAAGGCAUCUUUGAUGCAAAUUUAUUUGAUUCAGAAGAUUCUGCGUGUAUAGAGUGUUUAGAAUGUGGUUGUCAAUUUUCUCCACAGCGUUUUGUACGCCAUGCUCAUCGGCCUUUAGAAAACCGUACUUGUCAUUGGGGGUUUGACUCUAGUAAUUGGAGAUCGUAUCUUUUACUCUCCCGUGAUCAACCGCACUACAACAAAAUUGUUACUUUUUUUCGUAGUCUAAAGGAUCGAAGUCCAGUGCCCCAUUUCAAGAGGAAAUUACCUGAGUUAAGACAUGAGUCAGAGAAGAUACAUAAACGUUCUAAAAAAGAAAUUAAGGAUGAAUGUCCUGCUAUUUAUGCCAAUAGUAAUGGAUUGGCAAUGUAUCCUGUUUCAGCAACAGGAAAUGAAAAUGAUCCGUAUUUACAAAUGCAAUGGGCUGUUUUUGAAUUAGCAGCUAGAGGAGCAUCCGCGUUCAGACCUUGGAAUGCUACUGGUUCAUGUAAACAUAGAGAUAGCACACCACUUGUACCUGCAUAUCUUAGUCGUGGUCCACCAGUUCUACAACAUCCAGAACGAGUUGUUCCUUUGUCUGAAUGCGAACGCUUUGAACCACAUUACCAACCUAAUGUUGCAUUAGCACCUAUUCCAGCAACUUCCGUAACAGCAGCUCCAACAUCUAUAGCAUCUACGCAUCAUCGUCAUUAUCAUAGUCGACAUCAAAAUUGUGCCCCAAGUCCAGAUGAUCAGACCGAGCCAGUAAUUAUUAAAGUUGAAAAGUCAACAACUCCUAGACUUGAAGAUUCUGAGAAAAUUCUUCCAAACUCACAGCCUGGUUCCCCCGAUCUUCAAAAUAAUGAUCGAGAUGAACCAUCGAAAGGUGAUAAUUCACAAAAAUGUGAAGAAGAAGAAAGUAAUGCAGCUGUAACGUCAUCAACAGUUGUAACCGACUCACCACAAGUGGAAGUUGGAACGUUAUCACCUGGAAAUGAUUCAAAAUUAGAUGGUACGGCUAUAGUAGAAUUAGAAGAACGACUUAUAGCAUUAGAUGUACCACAAGACGUACUAGGGCUGGUAAAACAAGUAGCAACUGAAAUUACGCAUUUAAAGCUUCGGCGUCGUGCUGAUGCACGUGAAAUUACUAAAUUACGAGAAGAGCUUGAAAAACAUAAAUUCCAAAUGUCUACUAAAAAUGAUAAUGACGAGAAAAAGAAUAUUGUUGCUAAUUCUACAACUACAGUGGAUAGUACUGAAAUAAAUGAAGAAACAGUAGAACAGACAUUAACUUCAGAUAGUGAAUCUAAUAAUGAUACAGAUUCUACACUCGUUACGACUAAAACUGAUUAAAUAAAAUUUUUUCUAAAUAUAUCAAUAUUCAAAAACUGCUCAGAAAUAAAAUACGUUUAUCAUUUGGCCAGAUAAACGUAUACUAAAAUAAUUGAUAAAGUAAUAACAAUACUACAAUUCUAAAUGAUAAAAAGCUAUCUUGGUAAUGUGAUAUACAAUAAGCCUUUGAAAAUUGUAGUGCAGUUACUUUUUGUUUUAUUUUACGUAAAACUAAAUAAGUGUUUAUUUUAAGUAAAAAUUCUAUCAACAAAUACUGUUUACGAACGAAUUGUAGAUAAUGUAUAAUACAACGAUAAAAAGAUAGACUUAAAGUAUAUCUAAUAAGCCAAUAACUAUUGUACAUUUUAUUAUAAUAGAAUGCGUAAGUUUUUCUUGUGUAAAUUAUUUAUGCAUAGAAUGCACGAAAAAUUUAUUGUACAUUUAAUCGGUCAAUUAGAAUUGUACUCUAAAAUAACUACAUUAAUUUUUAUCAUUAUACUUUUCAUUACAUCAUGUAUAUAACCUCUUCUCGUAGUAAUUAUUUCAUUACACUAUUAAUGCAAAAGUACAAAAACCUUAGGUGCUAUGUUUUACUCUACAUAACUUAUGAGUAUGUGUAGCUAAAAAAUUACUGUGAAAACAGACUAAUUGAAUACGCUUGUCAUAAAUGUCGCAUAAUAAUUUUAAAAUUGUAGAUGUAGUAAUGAUAAUUGGUAUGAUUAUUUAUAGAAAAUACCAAUACUGCCAAAUAUUUAAUAUACUGAAGGAGAUUGUAUGAAUAUAACAAGUGAAUCACAUUUAAGAUGCAUAUUGAAGAAAAUCAGUAGUAGAGUUUUUCAAUAUUUUAAUCCGUACAAUAACUGUCAAAUUACAUAAGUGUUUAUUUAACUUUAAUGUCUUUUACGAAUAAUUACAUAAAUAUUAACAGGCGAAAUCAAUACUCUGUUUUUACAGUAAUUAUCUUAUUGACAUUAAAAAUGUUAAUCAACUAAUUCAUUCAAGAAAUUCUCUCUAUUAAGUUAGUGAUCCGUACUAUUCUCUCAUACAAUAAAAUAUUUUUAAAAAUUAGUCAUAAUACUUAUUGUUAAAAUUUAUAAAUCUUAGAUUUUUGAAUUUUUGUUGUACUGUUAAUUAAAAAUAACAUUCUGCUGGAUUGAUUUAAAUUCAUUAUUUAAGCUGGAGGCGGGUACUUCAAAGUCUGAAAGAACAUUAACUAGGCGUUUGGAUAUUUCUUGUUUUUUUUUUAUAUAAGUUUUAUCAAUUAAAAUUUCAAGUGUAUUUUUUGUGUUAAAUGUUGUAAAUUAUUAUAAAUAAUGAUCCAGCAGUUCAAGUAUAAUUAUUAAUUACAUAUGCCAUAGAACAUAUAAAAUUCAAUAUGUUGUAUGUGUGUAAUCGAUCAAUAUACAACAUAUGAUAUUGUUCCUUAUAGUAUAAGAAGCCCACCUGACAUAAAAGAAAUGUCUAAUAGCCUACUGUUUUCAUACGUUCUUAGUAAUGAUAUUUAUAAUCGAAAUUAAAAUAAUUGAAUAUAUAUA